UUGUCGAGACGUUCGCGUUUCUGUAGGCGCUCUCUGUUCGAGCGCAUUUCGCGGAAAAGGUUAAGAGAAACAGCAGCUCACAAGCGCCAUGGCGGAAAACACGCAGCAAACCACUCGACGGCUACCGUCAAGCACGAGAGCGGCGCCUCCAGCCCCGCCAGCGGGGUAGGAACGUCCGAGAGCAGGUCGGCGCCUUCGGGUCAGUCCCUGUCAGAGCUGCUGCUUCAGCUCGAGGACUACAGUCCGACUCUUCCCGACGCCGUCACGGCGCACUACCUGAACACCGCCGGGCUUGAAGCCAGCGACCCGCGCGUCGUCCGUCUCGUUUCCCUGGCGGCCCAGAAGUUCCUCUCGGACAUCACCAACGACGCCCUGCAGCACUGCAAGAUGCGCGGUGCCGGACAGAGCAAGAAGGCGACCAAGGACAAGCGCUACACGCUCACCAUGGAAGACCUGACGCCCGCGCUGCAGGAGUACGGCAUCAACGUCAAGAAGCCGCACUACUUCGUCUGA